CAGACGGGGCCAAUGGCAGUCCAGCGCCUCACCUGGGUGGCCACGUGGGUCCAGGUAUGCGGCGGCCCCGCCCUGGCCCAGCCCGGCAGACUCCGGACUCCGUCUUGGAGCGGAAAUUCCUGCAGGGGCUGGACGCCGCGGGCGGAGCUCAGCAUGGAGCCCGUGGACGCCUGGACCCCUGGGAAGGUGGCAGCUUGGCUGAGAGGCCUUGAUGAUGCUCUGCAGGACUAUCCCUUCGAGGACUGGCAGCUGCCUGGAAAGUACCUGCUGCAGCUUUGUCCCCAAAGCCUUGAGGCUCUGACUGUGUGGCCUUUGGGCCACCAGGAGCUCAUUCUAGAUGGGGUGGAACAACUCCGGGCCCUGGGCUCCAAGCUACCUACAGAGAACCUGCAGAGCCUGGCUCAGGGGCUGCUAGAAAGGACCCAGGCCUUCCAGAGCUUGGUCCAAGGCCGGUUGGGAAACUACCCUGAGACUCCCUCUGAUGUCCUCACAGCUGCUGUGGAGCUGGUGCGGGAAGCCCAGGCCCUCCUCUCCUGGCUCAACAGGUACCUCUUCUCGCAGUUAAAUGACUUCUCUGCUUGCCAAGACAUUGGUGUGUUGUGCCGGGAGCUGGGCCAGGUCUUGCAGGAGGACUGCCCAGAGGCUGAGAAGGAAAGCAGCAUCCUAAGGAUUUGCAGUCACGUGGCCGGGAUCUGCCACAACAUCCUGAGCUGCAGCCCAGAGGAGCUGCUGGAGCAGAGGGCUGUGCUGGAGCAGGUGCAGCUGGAUGACCCUUCAGAUCUAGAAAUCCAUACCACCAGCAACUGCCUACACUUCGUGUCCCAAGUAGGUGCCCAGGCUCCCGCCAGCUCCCAGAUCCUGCCAGGAGAUGAGAUUGUCCAGAUCAAUGAGCAGGUGGUGGUGGGCUGGUCCCACAAGAACGUGAUGGAGCUGCUGAGGGAGCCAGGAAGGGUCAGCCUGGUGCUGAAGAAGAUCCCAGUGCCCGAGACCCCUUCUCAGACGCCCCUGGACUCCCCUCACCUGCCAAGCCAGUCCCUGCCUCUGACCCCACUAUCUCCCAGGGUUCCGUCCGAAGGUCUCUUUGCCUUCAACCUGUCUGCAGAUGGAAGUCCUGGAACGAGCGCUGCCUGGACAGACUCUGCCUCCCUUGACACUGAGUCCCUGCCCACGCCCCCUCCAGCCCCAGGCACUGUUUCAGAAAUAACAGCAGAGUCUCCGGAGACAUCUGGACACUCUGACCAGAGUUCCACCCUUGGUCGGAAGAAAUCAAAAGGCCUCUUGCUAGCUCUGAGACUGAGAAAGUACCCUCUGAUCGUCAGCUUUAUCUCAGGUAUGGCCACAAGGUUGAGCCGCCGGCGGGUAUCCUGCCGGGAGCUGGGCCUGCCGGACUGUGACGGAUGGCUUCUUCUACGCAAGGUACCCGGUGGCUUUAUGGGCCCACGCUGGCGCCGCUGCUGGUUUGUACUCAAAGGACACAACCUCUACUGGUACCGCCAACCCCAGGAUGAAAAGGCUGAAGGGCUUAUCAACGUCUCCAACUACAGUCUGGAGAGUGGACAGGACCAGAAGAAAAAAUAUGUGUUCCUGCUGACCCAUGACGUGUACAAGCCCUUCGUCUUUGCUGCUGAGACCCUGUCUGAUCUGAGCAUGUGGGUACGUCAUCUCAUUACCUGCAUUUCCAAGUACCAGACUCCAGGCCAGGCAGCCUCUGCCAGGGAAGAAGAUUGCUACAGCGAGACAGAAGCCGAAGACCCGGACGAGGAGGCUGGGUCCCGCUCCGCUUCGCCUAGCCUGGCUCCAGCUUGGAGUGACCCAUCACCCACGGUUUCACCGUCGCAGAGUCCGAGGACAUCCAUUGGCUCUUCAGCAGACAGCAGUGACAGGGUGCUGGAAGGAAUGGUUCAGGGACUGAGGCAGGGGGGUGUGUCCCUCCUGGGGCAGCCACAGCCCCUGACUCAUGAGCAGUGGCGGAGCUCUUUCAUGCGGCGCAACCGUGACCCUCAUCUCAAUGAGCGAGCGCAUCGCGUGCGGGCACUACAGAGCACCCUCAAGGCAAAGCUGCAGGAACUGCGGGCCCUGGAGGAAGUGCUGGAUGACCCUGAGCUCACGGGAGCAAAGUUCCGUCAGUGGAAGGAACGGAAUCAGGAGCUGUACUCAGAGGGCCUGAGCACCUGGGGAGGGAUACGGGCCCAGAACAGUUCCUCAGCCCCAACCUCUGACUCCAGAGGUCAGUCCCCACAGCCCUUGCCUGCUGCCUCUGACCCCGAGGAGUCCUCUCAGCUUUUUCCUUUGACCUCGGAGAACAGCCUCCAACCUCCUGACCUCUGACCCUGGCUAGGGCCUGGCUCCUGACUGAUGACCCUGAGGGCUAGUCAUCCCCAGCCUCUGACAUGUCUAAGACAGCAUGCCCAAGGGGUCUGUGUGAGGCUGGAAGUAGUGCUGGUCCUUGGCAUUACUCCCAGACCAAUCCCCCUACCCUGGGCUUCCACAGUUUCUGCUCAUGUGUCCCCUGGAGUGGAGGGAACAUGGCCUUCCUCUCUGUGCUGUAGAGAUUCCCUAACCCAUCCUCAGAUCUGGGAUAUACCUGCCUCCCGGGUCCUCCGGAAGGGUUUCCCAGGCCACAUCUGGGUGGGCAUUUAUUUCACAUGAGAGAUGCUUUUCUACCAAAUAAAGUUGAUUUCUCCAC